AUGGUACCCAACGAUGAGCACUCUCCUUUGGAGGAGUCGAUGCAACAUGCUCCCGAGGAGGCAGUCCUUGAGGAUGCUACUUUCCUCGAGAAAUUACGGAAUUUGUCAUACCUUACUUUUCUCCUUAUCGGAGUAGCUCUUUUGUGGCCUUGGAACUGCUUUCUUAGCGCAUCUUUAUAUUUCCAGCAUGAUGUGUUUCACGAUGAUACUAUUUAUGCAAAGAUAUACAUUAGUACUAUGAUGAGCAUUUCUACACUAUCGUCUGUGGCUUUUAAUUUUUGGCUGUCCACCAGACAGCAUGGUUAUGCAAAGAGAAUAGUCAGGGGCUUAAUCUGGGAAGUCGUUGUAUUUGGAUCCUUGUGCGUGCUUGUAUCUAUCCAUAAGCUACUUCCUACCUGGCUAACAUUCACGAUCCUGAUGUUGCUAGUGCUUACAAGUUCCGUAGGCACUGCCAUGACUCAAAAUGGUGCCAUGGCUAUGGCCAACGUUUUCGGGAGCCAAUUUAGCCAAGCGGUAAUGGUUGGACAAGCAAUCGCAGGUGUACUUCCCUCGCUGGUCUUAUUCGGAGUUUCAUUUAUCGGAGACCCACGAAAUCAGAGCACUGGAGGAAUUUUCGCAUAUUUCUUCACCACUGCUAUGGUUUCGGUUGCAUGCAUUAUCCUCUACCGUGCCAGUGCCAUUGGCGCCGCUGACAAAUAUGAGAUGAUCAGAGACGAUAAUACAACUGCAUCAGAUUCCAAGUCUGUUCCAUUCUCCGUUCUCUUUUCAAAGCUAAAAUAUCUGGUGUUAUCUAUCUUCACAGCCUUCGUCGUCACGUUAGUCUUUCCGGUGUUUGCUGCACACACGUUUGUUGCAGGCUUACCAAUUCAUAACUCCCAAUAUAUUCCACUUAUAUUCACGGUAUGGAACCUAGGUGAUCUCUAUGGGAGAGUCAUAUCCAAUUAUGAUUUUUUCCAAAAUCCAAAGUUUACUCCAUUUAAAACUUUUAUUUAUUCGAUUGCAAGGAUUGGCUUGGUGCCGCUAUUCUUCUGUUUCAACAUCAACAACGCCUCCAAGACAAAAUACCGUACCUUAUCUGAUCUGCUUUACAUCCUAUUGCAAUUCGUGUUUGGCGUCACAAAUGGUAACGUCAUUUCCGUCAGUUUCAUGAAGGUCAGUUCGCAAUUGGAUACAGACAAAGAACGUAAAGCUGCUGGUGGCUUUACCACAGUUUUUGUAUCGACCGGUCUGGCACUGGGUAGCAUAAUAAGCUAUCUAUUUGUAUAUUUUAUAAGUAUCAGCAAGCCAUAA